UUUUUUAUAUGCAAUGAACGGUUGAAAAUGUGUCACAUAUGCUAAAAUACAUAACGGUUUUUUAAUUUCCGUUUUUUUCGUAUUAAAAUCGGAAUUUAAAUUCCCGUUUUUAAUAAAGUGGGGUGCGAAACCCAAUAGGUGGGGUGUCAAACCAAAUUCCCCUCCGGUUCUCUCAAACCUUAACUAAAUCAAAAUGUCAUCUUUCUUUGUUCUGCUUCUACUAGCCUCUUCAUUGCUUCAUGGGCAUGCUCAACUUCAACCCAAAGACCAAACUUUCAUAUCCUUAUUGAUCACUCAAAACGGGCUUGAUUUUGUGAAAGACUUGCUGGUGAACAAGGCAAUUUUCUCAAUAAUCUCACUCCAUUUGCCGAGUAUUGAGAAGAGUAGGAAAAUCCCAGUUGUGGGUAAUGUCUACAUGAUGGUUUCCAACAUCACUAUAUAUGAAAUCGAUGUUCCUUCCUCACAUGUCAAGCCUGGGGAGACUGGAAUUUCCAUUGUGGCUUCUGGGGUUACUUGUAAUUUGAGUAUGAAUUGGUAUUACUCUUAUAGUACUUGGCUUGGUCCUGUUGAGAUUUCUGACAAAGGUAGAGCAGAAGUUCAGGUUGAAGGCAUGGAAGUUGGACUUACAUUGGGAUUGGAGAACCAGGAAGGAUCUAUGAAGCUUAAACUUGAGGACUGUGGGUCUUAUGUCAAAGAUAUUUCAAUAAAAUUGGAUGGAGGUGCAUCUUGGCUUUAUCAAGGGUUUGUUGAUGCUUUUGAAGGGGCAAUUGCGUCAACAGUAGAAAAUGCAAUCACCAAGAAACUUAAAGAAGGGAUUUCAAAGCUUGACUCAUAUUUGAGAAGUCUUCCGAAGGAGGUUCCAGUUGAUGAUCAUGCUUCUGUGAAUGUAACUUUUGUCAAUGAUAUUUUAUUAAGUGAUUCGUCUGUUGGAUUUGAAACCAAUGGGUUAUUCAUAAAAAGGAGUGUUUCCCUACCUGUUCCUGACCUCUUCUACAAGAACUCAAGACUUCCCAUUCUCUGCCAAAAUUCAUCAAAGAUGCUAGGAAUCACUUUAGAAGAGUCUGUUUUCAACUCUGCAUCUGCCUUGUAUUAUGAUGCAAAAUUCAUGCACUGGAUUGUGGACGAAAUACCAAAUCAAUCUUUACUGAACACUGCAGAAUGGAGAUUUAUUAUUCCCCAGCUGUACAAGAAAUAUCCAAAUCAUAAAAUGAACUUGAAUAUAUCCUUAUCCUCUCCUCCGGUUGUAGAGAUUUCAAAUCAGAAAGCAGGUGCCAACGUAUUUGCCGACUUAAUAAUCGAUGUUCUGGAAGAAGAUGAAGUAAUACCCGUGGCAUGCAUCUCAUUGGUAAUUCAAGGUUCAGGUUUGGUCAAAAUCAAUGGAAACAACCUCGUAGGCGCUGUCAGAUUAGAUGACUUUGCAAUGUCAUUGAAAUGGAGCAAUAUUGGCAACCUGCGGAUGUACCUGAUUCAGCCAGUUGUGUGGACGCUUGUUGAAACUGUGUUCUUGCCAUAUGCAAAUGCACAUCUUAGUAAAGGGUUACCUUUGCCCAUCAUUCACGGUUUGACCUUAGAAAGUGCAGAGGUAAUCUUGUCAACUUCAAGUGUUGCGGUUUGCAGUGAUGUAGCAUUUGAAUCAAAGAUAAAACAACAACAAAAACCUUAUUCCUCUAUGUGACGUUGGCUACAUGGAGCAGUUGAUCCGUAUUUAUGAUACAAUCAACUUAUGUCUGCUGCCGCAGACCUAGCACAACCUUCUUCCCUUUUCCAGGCUUGGGACCGACUAUGAGACAACAAAGGCAGAGUUCAUUUGGAGAACGAAACAAGCUUUUUCCUUAAUUAUAUCAUUGUGUAGAUACGAAGUGCUUUGUUCAUGGAUUGUAAAUAUUUCAAAUCAGAAAUCAAGAUAAUAUGCCUACUUGUGUAAUCUUCUUUCAUUUGUUCAUUGUUGGGUAGAUGUACAAAAUACAGACAUCAAUACAAGUACUUUCGUCAUGCAUUCUCUUGUGAA